CCCCCGCCAUGCCCGCUCCGUGCCGCCCCCCGUCCAUCCUGCGCUGUGUCCAGGCCCUCAGCGCCCUCCUGGCCCUGGCUCUGGCCGCUGCCCCCGGCUACUGGAACCCGGGCGAGGGCGACGGCUGCUUGUCCGCCUGGGCUUUAUCCUUCGUCUUCACCACCCUCCUCCUCCUCAACGACGCCUUCCGCCGCCCUCCGCCCCGCCGCGACCUGCCGCUGGCCCUGGCCUGCGCGGCCGCCAUGGCUUGUGCCACCGCCACCAUCUUGUGGCCGCUGGGACACCUCCGGGGACACGAGGGCAGCUACGGCCGCCCCCGCGCCCUCCGCGCCGCCGCCACGGCCGCCUCGGCCGUCGCCACGCUGGCCUACGCCGCCGAGGUGGCCCGAGACCGAGCGCGACCCGGAGAGGCCGCCCCUUACCUGGCCACUCCCUCGGGGCUGCUCAAGGUGGCCGAAGCCUUCCUCGCCCUCCUCCUCCUCGGGCUGUCGGCCGAGCUGGGCGCGGCGUCGGGGCCGGCGGCUUUGCGUUGGUGUCUGGGCAUUUUCUGCGUGUCCUUCGUGCUGGGGGUGCUGCUGGUCGGGGGGUGCCUGCUGGGCUGGGGGUGGUGCGGGUGGAUGAGGGACCCCGAGGGGAUGCGCUGGGGCUUGGGGAUCUAUGCGGGGCUGGGGGUGGUGGCCUACGGGGCGACCACGGUGCUGUGGUCGCUCUACAGCUUCUCGGAUGACAUGGGGGGUCAAUCACGGAGACCCUACGGCUGCCCGGCCACGUGCGCCUGGGACAGGAGGGUGCUGGUGGCCGUGCUCAGCGGCCUCAAUUUGGUGGCGUUCGGCGUGGAUUUGGGGCAGACGGGGAGGUUGGUGCUGUUGAGAGCCUGAGGGGGCACUCCAGGGUGAGUUGGGGGGGGGAGGCAAAACCUUAAAGGGGGUCUGGGGUCUCCCACAGGUUGGGAUCAGGGCCUUUGUGGGGGUCUGGGUUGAUUCCUGGGGUGGGAUCAGGCUCCCAGAAGGGUCUUGGAUCCUCUAUGGGGCAGGAUUGGGAUCCCAAGAGGGGUCUGGGGUCUCCUUCUGGAAUGUAUUUGGAUCCUAGUGGGGGUCUGGGUGUCCCCCUGAGGGGGUAUGGGACCCUAACUGGGGUCUGGUGUCCCCUCAUGGGGUGGGAUCAGGCUCCUAAUGGGAAUCCUGGACCCUCUAUAGGGCAGGAUUGAACCCCUAAUGUGGGUCUGGGGGUCACCCCAGGGUGGGAUCCAGCCCCUAAUGGGGUUUGGGGUCACCCCAGGGUGGGAUCAGGCUCCUAAUGGGAAUCCUGGACCCUCUAUAGGGCACGAUUGAACGCUUAAUGGGGUUUGGGGUCACCCCAGGGUGGGAUGGGGGUGCUAUGGAGGUCUGGGGUCUCCCCUUGGGGUGAGAUCAAGCCCCUACUGGGAAUCCUGGAUCCUUUUUGGGGCAGAAUAUGGCCCUUUUCAGAGUCAGAGUCUCCUCUGGGGAGAUAAUGGAACCCUAAUGGAGAUCCUGGUUCCUCCUGUGGGUGGGAUUCAGCCCUUGAUGGUGAUCUGGGGUCCCACCAGGGUGGGAUUGGGUGCCUUAAUGGGGUCUGGGGUCUCUCCUGGGGUGGGAUUCAGCCCUUAAUGGGGGUCUGGGGUCCCACUAGGGUGGGAUCGGGUGCCUGAAUGGGGUCUGGACCCUCUAUAGGGCAGGAUUGAGUCCCUAAUGGGGGUCUGGGGUCUCUCCUGGGGUGCGAUUCAGCCCUUAAUGGGGGUCUGGGGUCCCACCAGGGUGGGAUCGGGUGGCUCAAUGGGUUCUGGACCCUCUAUAGGGCAGGAUUGAGUCCCUAAUGGGGGUCUGGGGUCCCUCCUGGGGUGGGGUGGGGUGCCUGAAUGGGGUCUGGACCCUCUAUAGGGCAGGAUUGAGCCCCUAAUGGGGGUGUGGGGUCUCUCCUGGGGUGGGAUUCAGCCCUUAAUGGGGGUCUGGGGUCCCACCAGGGUGGGAUCGGGUGGCUCAAUGGGUUCUGGAUCCUCUCUGGGGCAGGAUCUGGUGCUUGGGGGGGGGCGUCUGGGAUCAAGUGCCUGAGGGAUCCUUCCUGGAGGGAUG